AUGCCCAGCACCGACUCGGACGGGUCAAAGUCGCUCAAAAAUGGCAUCACCAUGACGAGGGACUUUGAAAUCGUCGAGAUGAGCGACAUGAGCGCGUCGUCGAACCGGCGCUCAGGCGCGCCGCCCUUUGCCACGACUACAUCGUACGCCGUCGCCACGAACCCGCUGCCCGUCACGGCGGACGGCGACGAGAAUAUCCCACAGCGCAUGAUGGACAGCUUCAAGCGUGCGCCCGGGGCCAAGCUGGCCGACCAAAAGGGCUACCAUGUGCACGACCACAUGCCCGACGUGCAUCGCGAGCGCGAGCGGCAUUAUGAUGUGCGGGUGGCCAAUGCCAGGACCGCCUCGACAGGCCUGUCGAGAGAACUAAAGGGGAGACACUUGCAAAUGAUUGCCAUAGGAGGCUCUAUAGGCACUGGCCUUUUCGUGGCCUCUGGCAUCGCCCUCUAUCAGAGCGGCCCGGCCUCCAUGAUUCUCGCCUAUCUCUUCAUCGGCAUGAUUCAGUUCUGCAUCAUGCAAAGCCUCGGCGAGCUGGCCGUGGCCUUUCCCGUCGCCGGCUCCUUUUCUGUCUUCUCCACGCGGUUCCUGGACCCGUCGUGGGGCUUUGCCAUGGGCUGGAACUACGCCUUUCAGUGGCUAUUCGCCCUGCCGCUGGAGAUUAUAGCCGGCGCAUUGACGAUCCAGUACUGGAACGACCAUCUCAGCAAGGCCAUCUUUGUCACCAUUUUCCUCGUGCUCAUCGCCGUCAUCAACCUCGUCGGGAUCAAGGGCUACGGCGAGGCCGAGUUUGUAUUUUCCACCAUCAAGGUCACUGCCAUUGUCGGCUUCAUCCUCCUCGGCAUCGUCGUCAACAUCGGCGGCACGCCCCAAUCCGGCUACAUCGGCGGUCAGUACUGGGCCAAGCCCGGCCCGACCAACCACGGCUUCAAGGGCUUCUGCAGCGUGCUCGUCACCUCGUCCUUUUCCUUUGUCGGCACCGAGCUCGUCGGCCUCGCCGCCGCCGAGGCCGCCAACCCGCGCAAGACGCUGCCCAGCGCCAUCAAGCAGGUCUUCUGGCGCAUCGCCGUCUUCUACAUUGUCGCCCUCUUCCUCGUCAGCCUGCUCGUGCCGCACGACGACCCGCGCCUGCUCGGCGGCUCCAGCUCCGUCGACGCCUCGGCCAGCCCCUUUGUCCUCGCCGUCGAGAGCGUCGGCUCCACCAUCCUCCCCAGCGUCAUGAACGCCGUCAUCCUGCUCGCCGUGCUGAGCGUCGGCAACUCGGCCGUCUUUGGCUCCUCGCGCGUCCUGGCCGCCCUCGCCGAGCAGUCCCACGCGCCGCGCAUCUUUAGCUACGUCGACCGCAAGGGCCGGCCGCUAGUGGCCAUUGUCUUUGCGCUCAGCCUCGGUCUCUUGGCCUAUCUCGUCGACAUCAAGGUCCAUGCCGCCAUUUUCGACUGGCUGCUUAGCAUAUGCGGGCUGUCGAGCCUGUUCACUUGGACGAGCAUCUGUCUAAGCCACAUCCGCUUCCGCCAGGCGUGGGCCGCCGCCGGUAAUACCCUGAAUCAACUGCCCUACAGAUCGCAAGCUGGUGUCAUCGGCUCCUGGGUCGCCAUUGUCGCGAAUGUUUUUGUCCUCGCUGCUCAGUUCUGGAUGGCCGUCUCGCCCGUGCGCGCGAGCUCGACACCUAUGGACGCCUCGCAAAUGACCAACAACUUUUUCCAAAAGAUCCUGGCGGUGCCAGUCGUCAUUGUGUUUUACGUUGGCCACAAGCUCUGGUUCAAGACGAGGGUGAUUACCCUUCUGGGCAUGGACAUUGACACGGGCCGGAGCUUCUCGCGGCACCAGGUCAUGAGCGUCAACAGCAAAGACAGCUCCGCGCAGUGGCCACUGUGGAAGAAGAUAUAUAGAUCGAUUUGCUAG